AGAAAACACUUUAAUAAAACAUAUACAUUUAGUAACACUUGUGUUUUUUUUUUUCAAUUUUGAUGUUAAAAGUCAGAGUGAAGUUGAAAAGAAAAUGUAAUCAAGACAGAAAAUGUAAGACAGCAGUGUGGUUUUGAAACCAUACCUUUUUAAAACCUUGAUGUGGUAACCACCCAAUGCUUGUUGUGCCCUCAUAAAUAAAAUCACGGGACAUUUAAUUCUUGCUUUGGUCAAGACAUUUGAAAAGACAUUUAAGGACAAGAUCAUGUAAAGUAACCUAAGAAAAGACUGGUUUGGCUGUUCAUUUAUCUAGCUUGGCAUGGCAGCAUAGAACCACUUUCUCUUAUUUUGAGCUCAGAUCUAACAUCCUGUCCCUGUGUGUUUCCAGGAAAGUGAAAACCUGGAGAAGGAGAAUGCCGCCCUGAGGAAGGAGGUGAAGCAGCUCACAGAGGAGGCCAAUUACCUGUCAUCCGUGCUGAGCAGCCACGAGCCCCUGUGCACCGGGCUGACCCCGCAGACCCCGGACCUCCUCUACCCUUCCCAUCAGAGCAGCUACCACCGCCAGCACAUCGCCGUACCACACUACCAGCGCUGACCUGCCCGAGGGCCUGCGGCUAAAACAGAUGACUGACCUCAACAGACACAGACUGACAGGAGACGUGUGUCUUUUUUUUAUUGUUAAAACAUAGUUAAGGCAAGACAGGCUAACUUGUCCAUCAAACAACGAGCCCAAACUGUAACCGUUAGAAUUCAAGACCUAUUUAUUUUGCUUCUUCAUGCCUCUUUGCUUUCUGAUUGUGAAUCCAUAUGUGAAUUUAAAUGGCUUGGUAAAUAGGUUUAUCAAAUAGUCCAUGUUUACAAAGAGAGAAGAAAAAAUAUUGUGCUCACAUUUGUAAAUGCUUAUUUUUAGUAUUUCAGAGAGCACCUGUUGUCAUCUCAUGUCUUGUAUUCUUCGUGUUUGUAAUAUGUUUUUGUGUGCGUGCGUGAGUGUGUGUGUGUGUGGAUAUAAAUGCUCAGGAGCCUUGACAAUGUUGAUUGUGGACAAAAAGAAUGUAGAUGUAAAAAAAGAAGGCUGGAAAUGAAGGAAUGGUUAGUGAGAAGACCCAGUGGAUGUAUUUAUUAAAUUUUAUGCUUUUUCUUUUUCUGAAACAUCAUCUGUAAACCUUCUGGGUUCAUGUUAUUCUUUUGUUUGCUAGAACAGCUGGGUAUGUAAAGUCUGCACAAGUGCUGAUAACAGGGACACGUGACAGACGUUUUAUUUCUCUGCUCAAACGCCUCUAGGUGGCACUGUUUAACAGUGUGUGAGAUUGAAUUACAGUAGCUUAUAUUUAUAAAGCAUAAAAUAAAUCAUUUGUGGAUUGCUCUGUGUGUGUGGAUAAGGGUUCAUUAUGGCCCUUGAGCUCCACUGUCACCUUUUCCUUGUGCUCCACUCCUGGUGGCCUAAAACAAACGACCUGUUAUCUGCAGUGUAUUAAAGCAGGAAGUAAAUGUAAUAAUAAACUGGCUUUAAUUAGCUUCAUUUUUAUUACUGACUCUUUUGUAAUAAAGUAGAUAGGAUAUGUCGCUCGCUCACGGAGAUACCAAAGCGUAUAUCUUUACAUGCUUUGCAGUUUGAACUGAACUGUUCAAACGGCCUCAAUGAAGUUCUUUUUUGUAUUAUUAAACUCCGCCCUGUUGGCCGACUUUAACCGACUUCUUUUAAGAUUUCAAAGCGGCGAGUUGGAGUCCGGGUGGCGGGUCAGAGCAGGCGUCCAAACACGUGUUACAUUGACCUCAAAAUCUAUAUCUAGUCAUGAAAUAUUCCGCUGAUCUUUUAUGUUUCGCUUAUUUAUAGUUUGAGGGGAACAGUGUGACUACUGAUCCUGUUUUCGAAGAGGAAAUGCGCUGUAAACUUUGAGCGACACUGUACUCAUAUGUUAUACAUUUGCAACAAACAGAAACGUUUUGACUUGAACUCGUUGCUUUUGUUUUUUUUUUACAUAUAUAUUUUUGCUGAAAAUAAUCAUUUGUAACGCAUUUUGAUCGUUUUAUUUAGCUUUAGUUAUUAUUAUAUUGACGAGACACUACUGGAAAGCACUGCAUGAUCCUCUGUGUACUCUAUGACUGAUUCCACUGAGAAGACAUGAACAUGAGCGAGAAACACGCGCAGGAAGACACUAAACUAAAUUCGGAGGACUUGGCGAACCAUGCGAAGCACGAGGCGGGCGACGCGUCCAACCUCCACGGCGACCAGAGCCCAGAGGACGGCCACGGGGAGCCGCAGGCGACCCGUCUGUACAAACGCCGCUGGAUUAUCGUGUUACUGUUCAGCUCCUAUUCGCUGUGCAAUUCGUAUCAAUGGAUCCAGUACGGAAUCAUCGGAAACAUCUUCAUGAAGUUCUACAAGGUGGAAGCGUUCACCAUAGACUGGAUGUCGAUGAUCUACAUGCUGACGUACAUCCCGUUGAUCUUCCCGGUGACCUGGCUGCUGGACAAAAAGGGGCUCCGGGUGAUCGCGCUGGUGGGCACUGCGCUCAACUGUGUCGGGACGUGGAUCAAAGUGGUCAGCGUCCGGCCCGAUCUGUUCGCCGUCACCUUCCUGGGGCAGUUCUGCUGCUCCUUGGCGCAGGUCUUCAUCCUGGGGAUGCCGUCGAAAAUCGCCUCGGUGUGGUUCGGUUCGGAGGAGGUGUCCACCGCCUGCUCCAUCGGAGUCUUCGGGAAUCAGAUGGGCUGUGCCAUCGGGUUCCUCUUACCUCCAAUCCUGGUGCCUAACGUGGAAGACAUGGACGAGCUGGCAAAGCACAUCAAAACUAUGUUCUACAUAACAGCAGGAGUGGCUACUUUUCUUUUUAUCCUCGUUAUCUUUGUUUUCCAGGAGCGCCCGAAGCUUCCUCCGACUCUGGCGCAGGCCUCAGCUCGCACAAUGCCACCAGAGGACUACUCCUAUGUAGCGUCCAUCCUCAGGCUGCUUCGAAACAAACCCUUUGUGCUCCUCAUCAUCAGUUAUGGCCUGAACGUGGGUUGCUAUUAUGCUGUAGGAACUCUGCUGAACCGCAUGAUCAUCGAACGUUACCCUGGUGAAGAAGUGAAUGCUGGGAGGAUUGGGCUCACAAUUGUCGUUGCAGGGAUGGUCGGCUCCCUUAUCUGUGGAGUCUGGCUUGACAGAACAAAGACAUAUAAACAAACUACUCUCGCUGUGUACAUCAUGACUCUGGUUGGUAUGAUCAUAUACACCGCAACACUUGACCAGGGACUCCUCUGGGUGGUGUUCAUCACUGCUGGAUGUCUUGGGUUCUUUAUGACAGGCUACCUGCCUCUCGGUUUCGAGUUUGCAGCUGAGAUGACGUACCCGGAGUCAGAGGGAACGUCUUCAGGAUUGCUGAACUGUUCAGCACAGGUGUUUGGCAUCAUAUUCACAAUCUGCCAAGGGAAAAUCAUUGACAAGUUUGGGACGUUGGCAGGAAACAUCUUCCUCUGUGUAUUUCUGCUGAUUGGCUCAAUAAUGACAGGUUUGAUCAAGUCUGAUCUGCGGAGACAAAAUGCAAACCGGCUGGCCAAAGAAGAGGCGGAGAGGCGGAUGGUGGAACAAGACUAUGGAGCGACAACCCAAAUCUCAUCCCAGCCACAAACUCCUUCCUCUCAAGCCUGAUCAAACAAAAAUUUUCUGUGCACACAAAAAAAAUCUUCUCAAAUUUUAGCUCAACACACAGCAUUAGAAAGGUAGGAGCACAGAACAAUCACACACUAUUGUUGAUUAUCUUGCGACCUGCUGUACACUAUUUCAUUGCGCACCUUUGAAUCUCUCCACACUCCUUUCGUCCUAACAGAGAAUGAAUCUUUUUUCCGGAUAUAAGUAAAUUAAUGUUUGUUCUUUUUCUCUUUACCGUUAAUGAAUUAGCAUUAAAAGAUUCUCAUUUGUUGGUGGUAAGAACCAAAUGUACUCAGUGUGAAGCAUUAUUAUUAUUAGGCAUGUUUUUGUGUAAAUAUGUUACUAUGUUUGGCUAAACAUGCAAGUCAAAUGGCUAAUUUUGGUGUACAUAUAGACAUUUAUAUUAAAUUACCAAUUUUUUUUAUUUUACAGAAACCUCCUGAUUCCACCACGGGAAACUUGGACUUACCUACCAUCAUCAAAGAAGUCCGGCUGUAGAGGAAUUAAUUUAAUCUGUGACGAUUUUGAUAUGAAGUACUGAUAAUCAUGAAACCAUCAGAUCUUUUUCUCUUCUGAAUAGACUGUGACAAAUCUGUGAAACAAUGCUGCCUUGACAGUUUGAUCUGUCAGUAUUUUAUUUUUAUGUUUAUUAAUAUUAUCUGACCAAAAUAGAGCAACAAAGUUUGAUAUUUUGUUCCUCCACUUUAGAUUUGAUUUCAUUACACAGUAGUUUUGAGAUUUAGGUGUAUGAUUAUGUCCAGAGUUGCUGGAAAAAAAACAAAAUUGUAAUAGUGUUUUUUUUUUAAUUUGUUUUGUUGUUGUUUUUUAUUAUUAUUAUUUUUGUGCAAACCUCAUGAGGUGAAGGGCAGUGUUAUUACUACUAGAGUUUAUUUGUCAAAACCCAACUAAUGAAGACAGAGAAAUAUCUAAACACUUUAUGAAAACAGUCACAAUGUGUGCUGCUAAAAUAGAAUCCAAUAUUAGAGAAUGGUUUAAAGGGGCAGUAUUAUGUAAAAUUGACUUUCUUCAGCUUUACACCAUGUUAAAAUGUUAUUCCCUCAUCAAACACAUACCUAAAGUGUUGCCCUGAUUCUUUCAUGCAUGUUCGAGAAAUCCUUCAGUCUCCCAUGGCACCUUUGAGAUUUAACUUUACCUUGGUGCUGCAGUUUCAAAGCUUCUGAGCUUCUGCCUUACAGAACAGCCCUCCCCAGCAACUGCCCCACUCAGCUCCUUCAGGCUAGUCAGCAGUAAUUAGUAAACACCUGGUGGAUCUGCUGAGCUUGUUAUAUGAGCUACUUCUCAGUGCAAUGCUGGCAAAACCGCUGUUAAAGGGUUAAUAGAAGAGUGAUGUUGUGAUUACUUCCUGAAGGUUCAACUUCAGAAAGACAGUUUUUAGAGCAAGAGGCACAAUUUCAAGUCUUUGGAUAUUGAAGUCAAAUUUCUUUUAAGUAAUAUUUGUUUUAUGCAGCAUUUUCAUAACAACUGAAGGCAAGAUAGUUAGUUUAUUGUGCCAUAAAAUUUUACUAUGUGCCUACAAAACAGAUAAUAUUGCCCCUUUUACCAGAGAAAAUAUCCAUGUGAUUGUAUCAGUGAACAAAGUGUUCAUUUCAGUUUUCAAAGGGCUGAGUCUGUUUCCAGUCACACUGACUGUUCAAAGCACUUUACACCAGAGCCAGAUCCAACCAAUCAUGCUCGCAUUUGUACAAGACAGAUUGGUAGGCAAUUUGGGAGUAUGGGUCUUGCUCAGUGGCACAUUGACAAAUGGCAGAAAUCAAACCCACAACUGUCGGAUUGCAAGACAAUUAAUUUGCUGCUGAGCUGCAGUUGCCCUUGAGCCACAAUCACCUAUGAAGCCCUUUUUACCUUCUGUGAAGACAAGUCUUCACUCUCCUUGCAGACAUGUACAGUGGCUCUUCUUCUCCUUUGGUGCCCCUGGAGAAGAGGUGAAGAGGACCCUCACAUCAGUUGUUAUUAGGGACAUUUGGCGACCCUGAGAUUUGUGCUCUUAGUUUCAGUAGCCUACUUUCUUCCAUCAUGUGUGUCAUAGUUCCAGCUAUUCCACUUUUUUUAUUCUCCUGUUAUUUCUCUUUAGGUUGGUAGUUAUUUUCUUUCAACCACUCUAAUGACUAAAGACAAAUUUCUCUCAUGUCAGUUGGGUGUUUUUUGUCUUUCACAUUUUUGAAGAGCGUUUCUAAAUCUAGCCUCUAUGUUACAUCAUAUUUAAGACACAUUGUGCAAAAAGGAAAAGAUGGGUUUCUAAUUAAACACUAAAUAGUGGCUGCACAGUGGUGUAGUUGGUAAAGCUGCUGCCUUACAGCAAGAAGGGCCUGGGUUUGAUUCCCAGCCUGGGGUGUUUCUGCACGGAGUUUGCAUGUGUGGGCUCCUGCUUCCUACCUCAGUCCAAAAAUGUGACAUGUUAGGUCAAUUGGUCUCUCUAAAUUCUCUGUAUGUGUGCAGGAUUUUUUGUCCUGUGUCUCUGUGUUGCCCAGCGACAGACUGGCGACCUGUCCAGGGUGAACCCUGCCUCUCACCCGGAACGUUAGCUGGAGAUGUGUAUUUUCUUGAAAACUGUGUUUUAUUUUAUUUUAUUUUAUUUUAUUUUAUUUUAUUUUUUGCCAUUUUAUUGUUUUCAGCUGACACUGGGGUUGAUUGAAACAAACAAAUGCUGUAACACAACCUCUAGAGGGCGCCCUUCGUCCAUUUCUCUUUUUGACAUUCCACAGUGGAAUAGCCUGAUUUUUGUUAUUGUCAAAAAUGAUGGCUAACCAUUGUUCUUCGGUUUUCAACAGUUGUUUCUGUUUCAAUUAGACAGGCAAUUAAGACAUUAAAAUAAACAAGAAAAGCAGCUCUAUAAAACAAACAAACAAAAAACAAAACAUUUAGCCAACUUUAACUUUUAAUUAUUGCACUUUUUUUUUCCUUUUUUUCACUACAUAAAUCCAGGAGGAGUCUUUAAUUUUGACUGACUAACCUAGAGCCUCAUAAUGUUGAUGAGUAGGCACUUCUGACACAGUUCAUGUCAGUAGAAGGACAUCCAUGAUUAACAGAGGGACAUAAAAAUGUUUUGUAAUUUAAUCUGUACAAAUAUUCUUGUUUACUUUUUUAAAACGUAAAAUAAAAUUAUUUUGUAAAGG